AUGCCCCACGUCUCAGCGCCUUUGGUGCUGCUUCCUGCUUGGCUCAUGAUGGUCGCCUGCAGCCCGCACGCCCUAAGGAUCGCUGCGAUCUUGGAUGACCCCAUGGAGUGCAGCAGAGGGGAGCGGCUCUCCAUCACCCUGGCCAAGAACCGCAUCAACCGUGCUCCUGAGAGGCUGGGCAAGGCCAAGGUCGAAGUGGACAUCUUUGAGCUUCUCAGAGACAGCGAGUAUGAGACUGCAGAAACCAUGUGUCAGAUCCUCCCCAAGGGGGUGGUUGCCGUCCUGGGACCAUCGUCCAGCCCAGCCUCCAGCUCCAUCAUCAGCAACAUCUGUGGGGAGAAGGAGGUCCCUCAUUUCAAAGUGGCCCCAGAGGAGUUUGUUAAGUUCCAGUUCCAGAGAUUUACAACCCUGAACCUCCACCCCAGCAACACCGACAUCAGCGUGGCUGUAGCUGGGAUCCUGAAUUUCUUCAACUGCACCACCGCCUGCCUCAUCUGUGCCAAAGCAGAAUGCCUUUUAAACCUAGAGAAGCUGCUCCGACAAUUCCUUAUCUCCAAGGACACACUCUCAGUCCGGAUGCUGGAUGACACCCGGGACCCCACCCCACUCCUCAAGGAGAUCCGGGACGACAAGACCGCCACCAUCAUCAUCCAUGCCAACGCCUCCAUGUCCCACACCAUCCUCCUGAAGGCAGCUGAACUAGGGAUGGUGUCAGCCUAUUACACGUACAUCUUCACUAAUCUGGAGUUCUCACUCCAGAGAAUGGACAGCCUUGUGGAUGAUCGUGUCAACAUCCUGGGAUUUUCCAUAUUCAACCAAUCCCAUGCUUUCUUCCAAGAGUUUUCCCAGAGCCUCAACCAGUCCUGGCAGGAGAACUGUGACCACGUGCCCUUCACUGGGCCUGCGCUCUCCUCAGCCCUGCUGUUUGACGCCGUCUAUGCUGUAGUGACCGCCGUGCAGGAGCUGAACCGGAGCCAGGAGAUCGGAGUGAAGCCCCUGUCCUGCGGCUCGGCCCAAAUCUGGCAGCACGGCACCAGCCUCAUGAACUACCUGCGCAUGGUAGAAUUGGAAGGUCUCACCGGCCACAUUGAAUUCAACAGCAAAGGCCAGAGGUCCAAUUAUGCCUUGAAAAUCCUACAGUUCACACGGAAUGGCUUUCGGCAGAUCGGCCAGUGGCACGUGGCGGAGGGCCUCAGCAUGGACAGCCGCCUCUACGCUUCCAACAUCUCGGACAGUCUCUUCAACACCACCCUGGUCGUCACCACCAUCCUGGAAAACCCGUAUCUAAUGCUGAAGGGGAACCACCAGGAGAUGGAAGGCAAUGACCGCUAUGAGGGCUUCUGUGUGGACAUGCUCAAGGAGCUGGCAGAGAUCCUACGGUUCAACUACAAGAUCCGCCUGGUUGGGGAUGGCGUGUAUGGCGUUCCCGAGGCCAACGGCACCUGGACGGGAAUGGUCGGGGAGCUGAUCUCCAGGAAAGCAGAUCUGGCUGUGGCAGGCCUCACCAUUACAGCUGAACGGGAGAAGGUGAUUGAUUUCUCUAAGCCAUUCAUGACUCUGGGAAUUAGCAUUCUUUACCGAGUUCAUAUGGGACGCAGACCUGGCUAUUUCUCCUUCCUGGACCCAUUUUCUCCAGGCGUCUGGCUCUUCAUGCUUCUGGCCUAUCUGGCUGUCAGCUGUGUCCUCUUCCUUGUGGCUCGGUUGACGCCCUACGAGUGGUACAGCCCACACCCGUGUGCCCAGGGCCGGUGCAACCUGCUAGUGAACCAGUACUCCCUUGGCAACAGCCUCUGGUUUCCAGUUGGGGGCUUCAUGCAGCAGGGCUCCACCAUCGCCCCCCGCGCCUUAUCCACUCGCUGUGUCAGUGGCGUCUGGUGGGCAUUCACGCUGAUCAUCAUCUCAUCCUAUACGGCCAACCUGGCAGCCUUCCUGACUGUGCAGCGCAUGGAUGUGCCCAUCGAGUCAGUGGAUGACCUGGCUGACCAGACUGCCAUUGAAUACGGCACAAUUCAUGGAGGCUCCAGCAUGACCUUCUUCCAAAAUUCCCGCUACCAGACCUACCAACGCAUGUGGAAUUACAUGUAUUCCAAGCAGCCAAGUGUGUUCGUGAAAAGCACGGAGGAGGGGAUCGCCAGGGUGUUGAAUUCCAACUAUGCCUUCCUGCUGGAGUCCACCAUGAACGAGUACUACCGGCAGCGAAACUGCAACCUCACUCAGAUUGGGGGCCUGCUGGACACCAAGGGCUAUGGGAUUGGCAUGCCAGUCGGCUCAGUUUUCCGGGACGAGUUUGAUCUGGCCAUUCUCCAGCUGCAGGAGAACAACCGCCUGGAGAUCCUGAAGCGCAAAUGGUGGGAAGGGGGGAAGUGCCCCAAGGAGGAAGAUCACAGAGCUAAAGGCCUGGGAAUGGAGAAUAUUGGUGGAAUCUUUGUGGUUCUUAUUUGCGGCUUAAUCGUGGCCAUUUUUAUGGCUAUGUUGGAGUUUUUAUGGACUCUCAGACACUCAGAAGCAACUGAGGUGUCCGUCUGCCAGGAGAUGGUGACCGAGCUGCGCAGCAUCAUCCUGUGUCAGGACAGCAUCCACCCCCGCCGGCGGCGCGCUGGGGUCCCGCAGCCCCGGCCCCCCAUCCCCGAGGAGCGUCGGCCCCGGGGCACGGCCACGCUCAGCAAUGGCAAGUUGUGCGGGGCCGGGGAGCCGGACCAGCUGGCGCAGAGACUGGCCCAGGAGGCCGCCCUGGUGGCCCGCGGCUGCACCCACAUCCGCGUGUGCCCCGAGUGCCGCCGCUUCCAGGGCCUGCGGGCGCGGCCGUCGCCCGCCCGCAGCGAGGACAGCCUGGAGUGGGAGAAGGCCACCAACAGCAGCGAGCCCGAGUAG